AUGGAUCGCAUCCAGCGGCUUGUGCAGGGCAUGCAGGGCGGCGGGCCUGGCGGGCCCCCUGGCGACACGCCGCAGGUGGACACUGCCGAGCAAAUCUACAUCUCCUCGCUCGCGCUACUGAAGAUGUUGAAACACGGCCGUGCGGGCGUGCCCAUGGAGGUGAUGGGCCUCAUGCUUGGGGAGUUUGUGGAUGACUACACCGUCAAGGUGGUGGAUGUGUUUGCCAUGCCCCAGAGCGGCACUGGCGUGAGUGUUGAGGCGGUGGACCCGGUGUUCCAGACCAAGAUGCUGGACAUGCUCAAGCAGGUCGGACGGCCCGAGAUGGUGGUGGGCUGGUACCAUAGCCACCCCGGGUUUGGGUGCUGGCUGAGCGGUGUCGACAUCAACACGCAGCAGAGCUUCGAGGCGCUCAACGCGCGCGCGGUGGCUGUGGUGGUCGACCCGGUGCAGAGCGUCAAGGGCAAGGUGGUGAUUGACGCGUUCCGCCUGAUCAGCCCACAGACCAUGAUGCUGGGCCAGGAGCCGCGGCAGACCACAUCAAACCUCGGGGCACUCAACAAGCCCUCCAUCCAGGCGUUGAUUCACGGGCUGAACCGGCACUACUACUCCAUCGGCAUCAACUACCGCAAGAAUGAGCUGGAGGAGGCCAUGCUGCUCAACCUCAGCAAGAAGGCGUGGACCAGCGGGCUGACGCUGGGUGAUUACGACAGCCACGCCGCUGCCAACAGCAAGACGGUGGACGAGAUGAAGGGCCUGGCGGCACGGUACAAUGAGGCUGUGGCGGAGGAGGGGGAGCUGGCCCCGGAGCAGCGGGUGGUGGCCAAUGUGGGCAAAAUGGACGCGCGCAAGCACCUCGCGGCGGCUGUGGGCGGCGCCAUGGGCUCCAACAUCAACCAGGCCCUGGGCACCCUGCUCGACACGCUCGUGUUCUGA